GUGAAAGAAAAAUAAAAAACACCUCCCGUAAUCCCAAUCCCUCCCCUCGUCUCCCCGUCGCACGCGACCUCAGAGGCGAUGCGACGGUGUUAGGGUUUGUGCCGCCGCCCCGUCCGCUCCCCCUCCGUUGCCGGCCACAGGCAAUAUCACGCCGCCGCCUGAUUUCUUAUCUCCCUCGCCCCCCAGCCCCCUACUCACACACCCUCCACGCCUCCUCCGCGACCCCUCGGCGACGGCGGCCGGAGGCCACAUCUGCUUCUUCCCGACGACCUCCGGAAGCUGCCCGCCAGCCGGCCCCUCCAGCAACCUCCCAUCCGCGCCGGUUCCACCUCUCCCGAGCAAGGUUUUUUUUGUAAGAAAAGAAGAAAAUCAUAGAUGGAUAUCAUGCAGACUAGUGACUCUUCACAUCAUGGAAUUGUAGAGAACAGCCCUUAUACAACUCCCUAUGAUAGACGUGUGGAAGGUGACCAACUUGGUGCUUCGUGGUAUUUUAGUAGAAAAGAAAUAGAAGAGAAUUCCCUUUCAAGGAGAGAUGGUAUUGAUUUAAAGAAGGAGUCUUACCUUCGCAAGUCAUACUGCACUUUCCUUCAGGAUUUCGGGAUGAGGCUUAAAGUGCCCCAAGUAACAAUUGCUACAGCUAUAGUAUUCUGUCAUCGUUUUUUUCUUCGUCAAUCUCAUGCCAAAAAUGAUAGACAGACAAUAGCCACCGUUUGCAUGUUCUUGGCGGGUAAAGUUGAAGAAACACCUAGACCCCUGAAGGAUGUCGUACUCAUCUCUUAUGAGAUAAUCCACAAAAAGGAUCCUGCUGCAGUUGCUCGAAUUAAGCAGAAGGAAGUGUAUGAACAACAGAAGGAACUUCUUUUGAUCGGGGAGCGUCUUGUGCUUGUAACACUUGGUUUUGACAUGAAUGUGCACCACCCUUACAAGCCUUUGGUUGAAGCAAUAAAAAAAUUCAAGGUUGCUCAAAAUGCACUUGCUCAAGUUGCCUGGAAUUUUGUCAAUGAUGGGCUACGCACUUCACUUUGCCUGCAAUUUAAGCCCCAUCAUAUUGCGGCGGGCGCAAUCUUCCUUGCUGCAAAGUUCCUCAAAGUCAAGCUUCCAGCAGACGGGGAAAAGGUCUGGUGGCAAGAGUUUGACGUAACUCCACGACAGUUGGAAGAGGUUAGCAACCAAAUGUUGGAGCUCUACGAGCAGAACCGUGUUGGGCCACCACCAUCACAAGGGAAUGAUACUGAAGGCAGCUCUGCAAGUGUGGUUAAUCAGCGUGCUCCUGUGAAAGCUGAGGAGCCUCCUGCCCAUGAAGCUCAUCAAGCCCCUAGACAGUCGAACAUACCAGGCCGUCACGGGCAUGACCACCCUCAGCCUGAAAAGCAGAACUCAAACCAGAGGAUACCCAAGAGCGAAGCAAGGGAUGGCACUGCCAACAGCAAUGAAGGCACCAAUAUGUCAUCAUCAAUGAUGGAUGCGAUGAAAAAGAUAGAUAAGGAUAAGGUGAAAGCUGCGUUGGAGAAACGGAGGAAAUCGAAAGGCGAUGCUGGUAGGAAAGUUGACGUCAUGGAUGAUGAUGACCUAAUUGAGAGGGAGCUGGAACAUGGCGUGGAAUUGGCUGCCGAGGACGAGAAGAAACACGACAGAAGGCAGAGCUGGCCCCACCCCGUGCACCGGGAGGAUCACCAGAACACGGCUCGCAAGGUGGAGAACACCGAAGAGGGUGAGCUGUCACUGGACAGCCAGGAACACCGCUCCCCUGGCCCUGACAUCCGGAAGAGGAAGGAGGUGUACGACAGGAGCAAUGACCGCAGCGCUGAGAGAGACAUCAAGAGGCCGAGGCCAUGAGAUCAAGUAUUCAUUGUCCUCGCCCUGGCGAGGGCGAUCAGCAUUCAGCGGUGGGUGACGGACUGAGAACUGGUGUUUUGGGCGCUAGUGCGUGAUACCUAGUUUUGCAUCGCGGGAACACACAGAUGCUUGUUUGCCCAUGUUGGGAGAUUUGAACUGUGAUGUGCUGUAAUUUGAAAAGAUGAGUAUGUACAUGUUCAGGUUAUGGAAUAUUCGUGCUGAGGAACGAUAGGAAAGAUGCUGCACGGCCUGCACCCGAAGGCUAUAUAUAAAUAACUUUUUUAAUACAUGGAUUCAAAGCAAAUUUGGAUUGGGCCA